CUGUUCGCCAAAAUUGGACGGUCGCUCUUAUAGCCUACCCGGUGCCAAGAUUUCAGUUCAGUUGGGGUUUACCAACAGGUCCAAGCAUCACCAUCUUACACGAUGGAGGACGAUAUGCUAUUGCAUUUCGCAAACUUUAGCACGCUAGUCGUGUGCAUGGUUCUCAAGUUUCCACAAAUAUUUGUGUUGAUGAGAGCGAAGUCAACCACGGGCGUGAGCUUGAACAGUUUGCUCUUGGAACUUACCGGGUUUAUUGUGUUUGUCCGCUACCAAAUGUACUAUGAUUACCCACCUCCUACCUACCUGGAGUACCCCAUUCUGAUUGCCCAAGAUGUUAUGCUGUUGCUGCUGAUUCUCCAUUACAAUGGAAACCUGAAACAAGGACUGCUAUAUGCAUUUGUGUUUGUGGGCACCUGGCAUCUUCUCAUUGUACAGAAAUGGGUUAUUGAUCUUGCUAUGAGCCUGUGCACUUUUAUCAGUGCUGGCAGCAAGUUCGCUCAGCUCCAGUGUCUGUGGGCGUCCAAAGACUCUGGUCAGGUCAGCACCCUCACCUGGGCCAUGGCAACCUACACCUGCAUGGCAAGGAUUUUCACCACACUUGUGACAACUGGAGAUACUCAGGUUCUCAUCAGGUUUAUUGUGAUGACACUUCUGAACAUGUGGGUCACAGCAACAGUAUUGUACUACAGGCCCAAGGGCUCCAAGAAACAAGACUGAGGCGCAGAGUUUACAUUGCAUCGCAGCAGGGCCUGCCUCACUCUCAACCCCCAGGCCUCGGCUCAGGUCAUGUCAAAUACUCUCUUUACAUAAAAGGUCAGGAAUUUACACACUGGAAAAAGAAUCAGAUGCGGUUUUGGUUUACAUUCUAACCCUGGGUUACGCCAGUAGUUAACUCUGGAAAACAAAUUACAUUGUAUUAUUGGACGAUUGAUAAUGAUGCUAUUUAAUGUAUUGGUUAAAUGAUUGUCCAAAGCUUUUUUUCUCUCUAAGUGCAAUAACUAUGCGACAGUAUUUGUCUUGUUUUUCAGAAUCAUCUUUCACAAUUUCGUACAGCAUUUGUAGAAAGUUGGAACAAAAUUUAACAAACGGUUACAUAUCAAAUAUAGUAUGUAUGACCACAAACCUUUGAAAAACAUUCCAUUAAUAUCAAACUGUCUUGUAGCAGUAUGUAGAGUAUUUGUUUUCUCCCGUUGGUUAUACUGUUUAGAUCAGAUGUGCACAUACUUCCAUUACAUUCCUGAGGUUUUAUAAGACUUUCUUAAACUGUGAAAUGCAAAAUAUGUUCUUAGUUUUCUUCUUCCCUGAUUUGUAUCAGCCCAGGGAAACUUUUAGGUACCUAAGCAAAAAGGUAUGUCUGCUGUGUUGGUACAGAAUAACUUUUGAAUGAAUACUUUUGCUAUUAGUUUGUCUUUUCAGAACAUUGUAGAUCACCUACAAUAAAUACCUCAAAAAA